AUGGUGUCCGAGGAGACAGCAAAGGCAGAGCGAAUCAUCAUGAAAGGUGUCAGCUACGGACCAUCACCUUUCACCUCUGCUAAGAAGAACAAGCACCAGGACUACUUCUGCGAUGCGGCUGAGCCUCAGUGGGGAGAAGUGGGCCGGGGGGAUCUUCGAAUCAUCCGUAGCCUGGGGGCAAACACUGUCCGCCUCUACGGCAAUGAUCCCGACCUGCGCCACGCCAGCUUCCUGGAUCAGGCACAUAGCCUUGGCUUGCAGGUCAUUCCCGGGAUGGGUGACAAGGCUUUCGAGACAAGUCAGUGCAAGGGAGGAAACUUCUCAUGCUUUGAGGGUGCCAAGGAGGCCUACAUGAAGAACUUGCAGAACGGAUUUCUUCUCGACAACCGAACUUACCACCCAGCCAUUAAGUACUUCAUUGUGGUGAACGAGCCGGAGCUCAAACUACCGAGUCUCGCAGAACCCAAGAAGUUUGCCAAGGCUGUUGCGACUGCCAUUGACGGCGUGCUGGCGGCUGAGGAGGAAUUAGGAGUCCGUGGACCCCGACCUAACUUGACCGUUACUUUCUCAUUUGCCUCAUGCAAUCGCUGCUUCAAGUUUGGAGACCGGCCUGCUUUGGGCCAGCUGUGGAUGCUUCAGGAUGCGCUUAUGAAACCGGAGAAGUAUGGCGUCCAGGCCACGCAGAACCUUGCCGAGUUCUUCCGCACGCGCUUCACAUACAGCUUCAACUCAGGAAAUCCCUCAGGCGAGAUCCAGGAGCUCUUCCUCAAGCACUACGUGGAGAUCUUCCCAUCCACGCCCAUAUUCAUUGCCGAGUAUCAUAACCCUGGAAACCCCAACUUGCAAGGAGACGUGGAGGACAUCUUAGCUGCCUCUGCGAGCUCCCCACUGCUCUUGGGAAUCAGCUUCUUCGAGUUUCAGAAUCGCUAUGACCAAGCGGGCCAUCUGGUUUGGGGCAUGUUUGAUCCGCAAAGCAACCCCCUCUCCAAGUUGAAGCUGCACUUUCGGGAGUUUGACUCGACUGUUCCGUGCCUCAGUCCUGUUUUUGACGGCAUGCGGACCAUUGUGGAGCAGCUUACAGCCGCGUACGGGGGACCUGGUAUCAGUCCAAAACGGCUAUGCAUGCCAAAUCCGCAGGAGGUGCCAGUGAGCAAGCAUGGAUUCCAGCAGAUGGUCGGCUUGAAGAACAUCACCGCCAUGCAGCAGUUUGUGAAACGCGUGGUGGAGAAGCUUGGAGGCUUCGUGCCCUACGUCGUCCCCGCUGAGUUCGCGCAGCUUUUCCUGCACCCCCAGUCGAGCUAUAGGGACUUGGAGAACAUGUUGGUUGCGCAUCCGCAGUGGGCGCGGUGGGACAUCUUUGCAUCAUGCACGGUGGAUACAACUGCCCUGGAAUCCAGCUUGGGUGGCAAAAUUGGCUACAUCUGUGGCCAGGGCUACGCCGACUGUUCCAAGCUUCCGGUAGCCUGUAAGGCUAGCGUGUGGGACACUGCAUCGUGGGUCUUUGGGAGCCACUUUAAGGAGCUCAUGUAUGCGAGAGACGAAACGCCGAAGCCUCUGCAGCACUGUGACCUGGACGGUGCGGCCCACUUCGUGAGGUCCAGUAUAUGGAAGAAGUCAGCACUAAAGCACGAAUGUAUCAUUCCGUUGGGCUGGACAGAUCCAAAUAAAGUGUUCAUCACCCAGCAUGGCUUCUAUUUGGUUUGGAGUGAUCAGGACCCGACAGCUAUGAAGGUCUUCAUCCACCGGGCUGUGGAACACACGGGCGGACAGGUGCGCGAGGUCGUCCCGCGGAGGUUCAUCCGGCAGAUGCUGGGUUGCUGUUUAGGAAUCUAA